CACAACAUGAACUCCAUACACACAAACCCAAAAAUGGCAUUUGAUCAAGUCCUUGUAACACUUUGUCUUCUUCUUCUCCUCUCCACAAAUGUUUUUGGGUACAAUCUCAAAGAUGUUAAAUCAUGGUGUGAGAAGACACCAAACCCACAACCAUGUGAGUAUUUCUUGACCCAGCAGAGCCAUAAAUACACCAAACCCAUCAAUGGUGAGUCUGAUUUCUUCAAACUCUCCAUGCAACUAGCCUUAGAUCGAGCCAUGCAAGCCCAAACCAACACGUACUCUCUAGGCACCAAGUGCCGAAAUGAGCGCGAAAAGGCUGCAUGGAAUGAUUGUCUUGAGCUCUACCAACACACAAUCCUCAAGAUCAAUGAAACCAUGGACCCAAACACCAAGUGCACCAAAAUUGAUGCACAAACAUGGCUAAGUACGGCCUUAACCGACCUCGAUACUUGUCGAUCCGGGUUCGUUGAGUUCGGCGUAUCCGAUUAUGUCCUGCCUUUGAUGUCAAAUAAUGUGACCAAAUUGAUUAGCAAUACUUUGGCUAUAAACAAUGUGUCACAAGGUUAUGAACCUAGUUACAAAGGUGGGUACCCUACAUGGGUGAAUCCCGGCGACCGGAAAUUGUUACAAGCUUCGUCACCGGCGUCUCAGGCCAACGUCGUGGUGGCGCAAGACGGGUCGGGCAAUUACAAGACGAUUACGGAAGCAGUAGCUGCGGCUUCAAAGAGAUCGGGGUCCGGGAGGUAUGUGAUAUAUGUGAAGCAAGGGACCUACAAGGAAAAUGUUGAGAUUGGAAGCAAAUUGAAGAAUAUUAUGCUGGUUGGUGAUGGUAUUGGAAAAACUAUCAUCACCGGAAGCAAAAGUGUUGGAGGAGGCACAACAACUUUCAAGUCAGCCACAGUUGCUGCCGUUGGAGACGGGUUCAUUGCUCGUGACAUUACCGUCAGGAACACGGCUGGUGCACAGAACCACCAAGCAGUGGCUCUCCGGUCCGGCUCUGAUCUCUCAGUCUUCUAUAAAUGCAGCUUCGAAGGCUACCAAGACACUCUUUACGUCCAUUCUAAUAGACAAUUCUACAGGGAAUGCGACAUCUAUGGCACUGUCGAUUUCAUAUUUGGUAACGCAGCCGUUGUUUUGCAAAACUGCAACAUUUAUUGCCGAAACCCCCCGAACAAGACCAACACCGUAACAGCUCAAGGAAGAACUGACCCUAACCAGAACACUGGAAUUUCAAUCCACAAUUGCAGAGUCACUGCUGCCUCGGACCUGAAACCGGUCCAAAGCUCAGUCAAAACCUAUUUAGGGCGGCCAUGGCAGGAGUAUUCAAGGACUGUGUUCAUGAAAACAUUCCUCGAUGGCUUGAUAAACCCAGCUGGGUGGAUGCCAUGGAGUGGGAAUUUUGCUCUUGAUACUUUGUACUAUGGAGAGUAUAUGAACACAGGAGCUGGUUCGUCCACAGCUAAUAGAGUGAAUUGGAAGGGGUAUAGAGUAAUUACAAGUGCCACAGAGGCUUCAAAGUUUACUGUGGGGAAUUUUAUUGCUGGAAAUUCUUGGUUGCCUGCCACCAAUGUGCCGUUCACAUCUGGACUUUAAAUUUUUUUUUUUAAAAAAAAUUGUGGAUUUCAUUUGUUUAUUGGGUAUCUAGAAAGAAAGAAAAAUGAAUAAGUUGGUCAUUUAUUGGUGGGCUUCUGGUUAAACUAUUGAAUUAUGUGUUGUAAUGCUUAUCUUAUAUCUGCAUGGAGUUGUCAUUCUUCGUGUAAUUGAACUUCUUACAAAUAAAAUAUGGAUUAUACUAAUGCU